AGUCUACCGUUGUCUUCCAAAUAAAGAAUAAUAGUAAAAUCAAAAGAAACCUCUAGGCUUAAGCUCAGCCCUAGACGGAGGAGAGUUGUUUGCUAGUGAGAAGAUCAGUUUAUUCUGCAGUCACGAAAUUAGGUCAAGGAUAGAUAUGGCUCGGAUUUCAGCUAUUGUAUCAACAUUAUUAUUGUUGUUUGCGGUGACGGCAGUGGUGGCGACUUCGGUUGAGCACGAAAACCAGUCCUCUUCUGCAGGGCUGUUUUGGUCGACCGCCAAAGAGGGAGGGGAUCUGGUUCAUAAGUCUGGAGACGCCACCGCCACCGCCGAUGACAUUGACGGUGGAUUUUCUUCCCUAGAUGGGAUGUUGCAGUGGGCCAUAGGACAUUCUGAUCCGGCCAAACUUAAGGAAAAGGCGCAAGAUGUUAAACGUCUUUCUCCCUCGGAGCUUAGGCAGCGUCAGUUGGAAAUAAAGGAACUGAUGGAAAAGUUAAAAAUGCCAUCAGAUGCACAGUUGAUGCAAAUUGCAUUAGAUGACUUGAGUAAUUCAUCUUUGUCUUUGGAGGAUCGCCACCGUGCUUUGCAAGAGCUUUUGAUACUUGUUGAGCCAAUCGAUAAUGCAAAUGAUAUGUGUAAACUUGGUGGGCUUGGUGUGAUUACACGGGAGCUUGAUCAUUCCGACUCCGAUGUAAGGAAACUUUCUGCAUGGAUACUUGGGAAAGCAAGUCAAAACAAUCCAUAUGUUCAGAAGCAGGUCCUGGAAAUUGGGGCGUUGGCAACACUAAUGAAAAUGGUGAAUUCUAGUUCCGCCGAUGAAGCCACUAAAGCAUUUUAUGCUGUUUCAGCCUUGAUCCGAAAUAAUGUGGGUGGUCAGCAAUUGUUCUUUAUGGAGGCUGGAGACAAGAUGCUUCAGGACAUAUUGAGCAAUCCCAGCGUGGAUAUUAGGUUACGCAGGAAGGCUGUGUUUCUGGUUGGUGAUCUGGCUGAGUGCCAGUUAGAAAAUACAGAUAAAGCUGAGAUGCUGUUUUUCAGCAAUAGUUUGCUCUUGAAGUCUGUGGUUGAUCUAACUGCAUCCGGUGACCUUGAUCUCCAGGAGAAGGCGCUGGUUGCAAUUAAGAAUCUGCUGCAACUGAAAACAACGGAAGCAAUGGUUUUCGAGGAGUUUUGCAGAUUGGGGGAAGCGUUGGAGAGGAUGAAGAAGCAACUGGAGGAAGAUCAUAGAGAAUACGCUAUAGAUGUUGAAAGCCUCCGCAAGGAAGUGGAACUCGCUUUUCAGGCCAAGCUGGAAAAUGGAAGAGCGGUGCCAACAUGACCGACCACGGAGCUAAAGCUUCGGCAAGCGAUUCGAUGGUAGUUUAACAAACAAGACAGAGUUCCCCAGGACAGGGAGAAAGAUGAGCUGCUCAAAUGGGUAAAAUUAUUCUUGGCAGUGGAAGUGGUAGGUUGGAUUAAAAUAUAGAGCAGGUUCCAGGUGAAAAUGUAACAUAUAAAUUUAUAUUGAUGACUGAUUUGUUUCUUACGAGGGAUUUCAAUUAUCCUUUGCAAAAUGCCUUACAAUUUGAAA